AAUACUUGAAACCACUUUUGAGGAAGUUGAAGAACAAGUCUCUCCCGGAAGAUAUAACUGACAGUUUAACAGAGAUUGUUAAACAUUUACUGCAACGUAACUAUAUACUGGCUAGCGACGCCUAUUUGCGAAUGGCUAUAGGUAAUUCUCCGUGGCCUAUCGGCGUAACCAUGGUCGGUAUCCACGCGCGUACUGGAAGAGAGAAGAUCUUUUCGAAGAAUGUUGCUCACGUUCUGAAUGAUGAGACACAGAGGAAGUAUAUCCAAGCAGUCAAGAGGUUGAUGACUAAGUGUCAGGAGUACUAUCCUACGGAUCCUUCGCGUUGCGUAGAAUAUUCAAAAAAUUGAAUACACUUAGAUAAAAGUGUAUGUGAUAAUGUACAAAAUGGAACGGAAUAUAUGUUAAGUUUGUAUUUGUAGGGAUUUUAUCGUAAGAUAACGUAAUAAUGAAUAACAUAACAUAAAUUAACAUAACUAUAUAUCUUAUUACAAGAUAUAAAAUGUUAAUAAUUUAUAAUUUUUUAAAUAACUAAA